CGACCAGGCCAGGCCAGACCAGACAGACAAAUUGUCGUAUCCCAUCCCAUGCCUUGAGAACUGAAACCCCACCACUGCCCAGUGCCCUCUAAUGGCACUACCCUCCAUUCCUACUUCCUCCUCUCCUCUUCCCUAGAAAACAUCUGCUGAACUCUUCUUCUAUUCUUGUUCUCUUGUCCUCCUUCAUCUUUCAUCCAGAGAGGGGAAGAUAUAUAUAUAUAUAUAUAUGAAAGGGUCAUCUGCAUCACCCUCAUCGCCAUCAUCAUCACCCUCAUCGCCGUGGUGGAAAGAUGAUGGAGCAGGCAAGAGAAGAGUUGCAGAAGCUCGAAUCGCAGCACCCGAAACGUUUCGCCACCCUAAAGAUGGAGCUCAAGUCCUUCAUCUCCCUUCUCGAGUCCAACAGCAGUGGCCGCCUCUGCUACACCGACGGCUCCGUUUCCUCGUUGCCACCUUGUUCCACUGCCACCACUCAGGCAGCAUCAACUUGUAGGAAGAGGAAGGUGGUCGGUUUCAGGGAACCGAACAACAAGGCUGCUGAGAUGGAGAUGGAGAUGGAAGAGGAAGAUGCCGACACCACAUUCAUGAAUAAGAAGAAGAGACGGGAUAGCGUCGAAACUGUUCUCGAGAGGGCCCGACUCUGCCUUCGGAAGAUCCGAGAAUUGAAGACUAGCUUUUCAUGAUACUUACGCAUAUAAAAGAUAGAAUCAAAAUGCAUUAUCACGGGUUUACGAGAUCCCCACCAGAACGGAUUUCUCAGUGAAGUUGCGCUUUUGUUGCUAAUAUUGGCUUCCAUGCCAUCCUUUGACCUUAAACGAAAUGAGUUGCACAUUCUAUAUGAA